AAGGUACAAGGAAAUGUGGCUCGUCGUCGACGUCGUAUGUCCUCUGUUGAGCAAAGUAGGGUUUAAGAAAUAAGCUAAAACCCUCAGUUCAUCUCCAAGCUUAAAAUUCAUGUCUUUUACACACUUAAUUCGCAGCCCACUUUGUUCUCGCAAUUAUAAACACCGUCUAUAUGCAUACUCUUAUACAUACAUCUCGUCUCAAACCCCCUUCUUUUCAAACUACAAAUCUCAUUCUUUUUCUUCUUCUUCUGCCCCUGAAAGUGAAAUUAAGCCCAAUUCACCACUACCCAUUUCCCCGAAUGCCCCCAAACCCACCUCCCUCUCCGCCCGGAUGAGUUUCGUAUUCGAUCAAAUCGAUGCCAUUGAGAAAGAACGGUCCCAGAAAGAUGAAACCCUCCAGCGCAUUCGGGCGUGGCGCGAGUCGAAAAAUAAGCAGAAGGGUGAGGGGAAUGUGGGUAGUGAUGGGUUGGGAAGUGGGGCCAGUGGGGUUAAGGUGAAUGAGGUGGAGGAGAGGGAAAAGGGGGUGGGAAUUGGAGGCGGAGGGGGGUUGAUGAGUAAGGAGGUGGAGUUGGUGCAUCCGUGGCCCGAGUGGAUUGAAUUGAUGGAGAGAUUGGUGCAGCAGAAUUAUUUUGAUCAUAAGAGGAAAGAUGAGGAUAAGAUGAUUGAGGAUUUGGGGUUUAAGAUGGAGGAAGUUGUUGAUCAAGGUUUUGAUUUUACCAGGGAUUGGAGGACUGUUCAGACUGCUUGUCUUAAUUUUGGGAAGGAUCGGUUCGAUAUAUUGAGGUCAUUGUCGAGACAAGAUAUCCAAGUUUUGGUUGGUCAUGGAUGUCCAAGCACAGACAAGAAGGUCGUUUUUUCUGCAAAAUUGUUGAGAAAGCAUGUCCACCUUGAUGAAGGCGAUGUCUGUAGUUCAUGUAGUCUGAGGAGCUCUUGUGAAAGAGGAUAUUUGCUAACAAACAAGGAGGAUGAGGCAAGAACUAUUGAUAUUAUGCGUGUUCUGUUGGCUUAUGGGUUUGAUCCUGUGAAUAGAUCAGUUGUGAAUGAGUCCAUUCUGAAGAUAAAAUCUGUCAAAACUGUAGUUCGUAAAUUACUUCAUCAUGUGGUAAAAUUGAGUGCAGUUCCAAUUGACCCAAAUCUUCCUCCACCUGUCAUUAAAAGGCCUCCACCAAAAGUGAAGCAACCGCCUCCCCCUCCAAGAAGACGGGUUGGGCGUGAUGAUAUUGAGAUGAAAAAAGGAGAUUGGCUUUGUCCAAAGUGUGAUUUUAUGAAUUUUGCGAAGAAUUCUAUCUGCCUGCAAUGUGAUUCCAAUCGUCCAAAAAGACAACUUCUUCCAGGAGAGUGGGAAUGCCCUGAGUGCAAUUUCUUGAACUAUAGAAGAAACGUGGUAUGUUUUCACUGUGAGUGCAAACGGCCCCCCGAUGAAUAUACGGAGAACAAAAUGCAAGAAAAGCAAUAUGGUUCGCGGACAAGGCCCGAGAAGAUUUCUACCCGGAAGGACUCUUGGAAUUUUGACUUUGAUGACAACGAGUCUGAUGGAGCAGAUGUUGCUUCAUUUGAGCAUGCAGAUUCACAUAAACUUAAUGAAGAUUUCCCUGAAGCCAGAUGGGAUGAAAGAGAAAAUAGGAGAAGAUCUGAAAUUGGUUUUCAGACAAGCAACAUGCCUCCUAGGACACUUGCAAAAGAAUACUCAGAUCUCGGUCAGCAGCCUGGAACAGGUUUUGACGAUUUUCAUGAUGAAGAAGAUGAUCUGGAGAGUUACGAAUUAGAUAACCAGAGUAGGGACCAAGGACAGGGAACUGGUACUAUAGACUUCUCUGAGAUUGAGGCUGAUUCUGAAAGUGAUGAUACAAAAGGCCCUAAUGACAGGUUCAGGGCUACAAGGAGAACCAGUUUGCCUAGAAAUGCUAAGGCACCAAGGCCAAUGCGUCGAAAUGCAGCUUUCUCGGGAUCUGAGGGCAAUGAAAUAGAUUUAGAUUCUGACCAAGAUAUCCCAGUUCAUCCAAACUGGAAAUCCAGUCAUGUUGCUAACUCUCAACGAAGACUUAAAGGUAGAGCAGCAAAGGAUUUUGACUCAGAUGAAGACAUUGGGCUCACUUCUGGAUCUGAAGAUGAGAGGAAUCAUCAAUCUAGAAAUUCAAUAGGAAAUAAACGGGGAACUAACAGAAGGGAUUUCGGAAGGAGAGCUAGUCAUAGUUCUGAAGAUUUCUCUGGAAUUGAGUCUGAUGAUGAAGACUUAAAAUCUCAUAGAGAUCAAGGCAAUAAAGAAAGUUUUGAUAGAAAGAAAAACCUGGCAAGGGGCCGUGGCGGUUUUGAUGGGUCUGAAAGAUCUGGAUUUAAGUCCCGCGGUAUAAUGGGUGAUAGAAGUCGAUCUUCCAGGGACAAGUUCGAGAGACCAUCUCGUUCGCCACGUGGUAAUGAUAAAAGAUUUGAGCGGGAUGACUUUGAUGGACGUGCUAGAUUUGACAGGUCUGAAAGAUCUGGAUUCAAAUCCCGCAGUACGAUGGGUGACAGAAGUCAUUCUUUCAGGGACAAGUUCGAGAGACCAUCUCGUGGGCCUCGUGGUAAUGAUAGGGGAUUUGAGCGGGAUGACUAUGAUGGUCGUAAAAAGGGGUCUGGUGGAGAUUUGCGAAAUUUUAAUAGCCCUAGGAGAGAGGGCUUUGGUAAAGACCAACGAGGCCGAAACAAUUUCGAUAGAAGGGCUGCAGUAGGUGGCUCAGAUAGUUACUAUGAAGAUGAAAGACCACGCAGACCCCGUAACAAUGUCAGGUAAAUGUAGAGUAUGAUACAAGUUAGCCCCCACGAAUUAUCAUCGGCCGAACCUAAGUUCUUUCUCUAGGACGGAAGUUUCUGGUAGUAAGGGCAUAUUUUCAAAAGAACGUCGACCAUAACCAGAAGGCCAAAUGUACAUGGCAUAUUUUGGUGCAUGUCAAGUGGCACAACUCCGGACUUGUUCCGAAGGCCAAAUGUGGUUGUGGAGCAUCAUCAUUUUUUAAAUUAAAGAUGGGAGCUAAAUUUAGAAAUUAUUGCGUGCAUUUGAAUUGAAUAUGUUGGAUUAUCAUGUAAUAAUCUUUAUUAGUGAAUAAAUUGAUUGUUAACAUUUA